CCACGAUCCGUUGAGCUGAUCCCGGGGCGGGUCCUGUCCCGGUAACCAAGGCCCGUAACCAGGGAGUCUCAGCGCCGAGAGCGAGACACCGCCUCAAUCUCUCCCUCACCCACUGCCGACACCAACACAGCAGUGCAGCAUCGAUUAACCGCAAGAUCAACGCAAUCUGGGCUGGUAGUUUGGAAGGAUGCAUUCCCUUGUCUUCUUCUGCGCUCAGAAAGUCAUCUCUGACCAUGCCUCGACCCGUAAAGCCCUGGACUCCAUCCCGCGUGAAAUCUAUCCGGUGCUCUUCAAAGCUGCUUUCCUCAACCUCCGGACCCUGGUGCUACGUGACCUGGUCCAGACGUGGCCAUUUGCUGAGCUCAACUUCUCCAGCAUCCUCAAAAAGUGCAAGCACUGCGACCGGGACAUGAUCCGAGAGAAGCCCAACAAGCAGUGCCUGCAAGCUGUGAUCCUCGGGGUGAAGGAUUACGUGAUCAACGAGCUGCGACAGAACCGAAGCCUCACCAACAGAAAAACUAAAGCGUCAACAUCAAAGUACAGGUACACAUUUAGGAAAAACAGAUUACUCCACAUUGUGGAUCUUACAGGACUCCAGGACGAUGGUGACAAACCAGACGAAGAAACCAUUGGCCAAUGGUCCCGGACCGUGGCUCUGGCCAAAGCCUGCAUUGAGGUAUCUAGGACUAGCAAGAGAGAGGAAUAUAAUUCAUCCAAACGGAGGAAGGGGAAGGGAGGUGUCCUGAUGGAGGGUUCCUGCGACACUCAAAUUUGUGUGAAUAUCCAUGCCAACCUCUUCAUCACCAGUAAUUCCUACAGGACAGUGAAGGAUGCCCUCCAUCUGAGUAAAACUUUCCCCUUGUGUCUGAAGUGCCGAGAUCUGCGAGCAGAAGAGUUAUCAGUGAAGAAGACCAUCAGCAUCUUGGAGCUCUUGGAUCCCAUGGUUCUCCGGAAGAUUGAGUUGAGAUACAACAAUCUGGGUCUCUGUUGCCUGAGUACCGUGUUCCCAUUCAUCCCGCGCUUCGUAAACCUCAAUAGCCUCAAACUGCCCUACAGUAAUAUCGAUGUCAGGUACAUGACCCUGAAGAUGGAAGAAUCUUUCCAGAAAAUUGUCUCGGUUCUCAGUCAACUGUCCAACCUGAAAGAGCUGAACCUGGUGUCCUCUAGGCUAUCUGGAAGGAUCCGUGAACUGCUGAUUGUCUUGCAACAACCUCUGGAAAGCUUGGAGCUCGCCUACUGUUUCCUUCUGCCAGCUGAUGUAACGUACUUGGCCAGUAGCCACCAUGCAGCCACCUUGAAGAAGUUGGACGUGAGCGGCAACAAUCUGUCUGAUGUUCUGCUAAACCCAUUCUGCCAGUUACUGCAGCAAGCCUCCAACUCGCUUAUCUAUCUGGACAUCAUGGAGUGCCGGGUGAUGGACCGCCAACUGUCUGCGUUCCUACCUGCGCUCAGGCAGUGCUCUCAGCUCCAGUACUUCAGUUGCUUCUGUAACCCCAUCUCCAGCGAAGGCUUGAAGUCCCUGCUUCACUGUGUCGUGGAGCUGCCCAACCUCAAGGUUGUCGUACACCCCAAUCCCGUUGAUUGCUAUGAAGAGGGACUGCCUUGGCCGCCGUCCACCUACGAUCUGAUUGAUUACAGUGUUGACCAGGAAAAGCUGAGCAGGGUUGAUGCUGAACUGAAUGAAAUCCGUCUCAAUGCGGUUCGGACUGAUAUUGUCACAACAGUUAAACUAUACAAUAUAGAGUGGUACUGAAGUGUCCCCCAUUCACAACUGAAACAGCUUGUAUUAAAUGCGUUGAGACAGGAA